CACAACAUCCAUAUUCCAUACAGUCUCUCUUAUGGAAAGCCUUUCUCAAUUCUAUCCAGUAUGUCUAUCUUCUUCUUAACUCCACUGUUAAUGAUUAUUCUCAUUACUGUUUCCAGUUUCGCUUCCGAAGAAGAAGAUGCACUAUUGGGUUUGAAAUCUGGAAUAGUUGACAGAUCAAAUAGUUUGCGGGAUUGGACCAAAGUUAAUCAGACUGACAAUGGUUCUUCUUCAAUUUGCAUUUGGUCAGGUAUCACUUGCCUUACUGAUACUCACAAUAAUUCUGUUGUUAUCGGUUUAGACCUGUCGCAGAGAAACCUGUCCGGUUCGAUAUCGGGAAAAUACAUAAAUAUCUUGAGUAAUCUUGUUCUCCUCAAUCUCAGCCACAAUUCUUUUACUGGUGAGCUUCCAGCUGAAAUAUUCACUACUCUAGCCAAUCUUACAGUCUUGGAUAUCAGUAGAAACAGCUUCGAUGGCCAUUUUCCCACGGUGCCGUCAAAUGCACAGAAGAAGAACCAGCUGAGUAUACUUGAUGCAUUUAGCAACAGUUUCUCAGGUCCACUGCCUGAUCAACAACUGAGCAAGCUUGAAUUCUUAAAAGUGUUGAAUUUAGCUGGAAGUUAUUUCGAAGGUCCGAUUCCUGCUUCCUAUGGGUCAUUCAAGAACCUGGAGUUUCUUCAUCUCGCCGGAAAUUUACUUGACGGUGAAAUACCACCAGAGUUGGGGAGUCUGAAAACUCUAACCCAUAUUGAGAUUGGUUAUAAUUCUUAUAUGCAAGGAAGUAUACCACCGGAAUUCGGAAGUAUGACUCAACUUCAGUAUCUUGAUAUUGCUGGUGCAAAUAUCUCUGGUUCAAUUCCAAGCACAUUCUGCAAUCUCAGGCAUCUUGAGUCUUUAUUCCUGUUCAGGAACCAUCUGACUGGUUCAAUUCCAUCUUGUUUCGGAAAUAUCAGCUCUUUGAAAAACUUAGAUCUUUCUGACAAUUCAAUUACAGGUCCUAUACCAGAUACUUUUGCCAAGUUGAUUAAUCUUCGGUUACUUAGUCUUAUGUAUAACCAAAUGAACAGUUCAAUUCCUCGCGGUAUUGAAAAUCUUCCUAACCUUGAAGCUCUUCUGAUAUGGAACAAUCUCUUCACUGGGUCACUGCCACUCAAUCUGGGUAUGAAUUCUAAGCUGAAAUGGGUUGACGUUUCGAAUAACAAUCUCCAUGGAAAUAUUCCAGCUGGUAUCUGUUAUAAUCGUGCAUUAUCGAGGCUGAUCCUGUUUUCGAAUAGUUUUACGGGCGAGUUAUCCACUCUGACAAACUGUUCUUCUCUAGUUCGUCUUAGGAUUGAAAACAAUUCAUUCUCUGGUGAUAUCUUCGCGUUGAAACUCAGCUUGCGCUACGGUGCUACUUAUGUUGAUCUAUCUCAAAACAAUUUUACAGGAGGCAUUCCUGAAAAUUUGAUGGCCGAAGCUCCGAAGAUUGAAUACUUUAAUGUCUCUUACAAUCCUGGUCUAGGAGGAAUUAUCCCAAGUCACAUAUGGUCUCUACCUUCGCUUGCGAAUUUCUCAGCAUCCUUUUGUAAUAUCUCUGGAGAUCUGCCGCAACCUACACCAAAUUUUCAAUGCAGUUCAUCAAUUUCUACGGUGGAAUUGAGCGGGAACAAAUUGUCAGGUGACCUGCCAGAGAGUAUUGCCAGUUGUGAAGCUCUUAAUAUACUGGACUUAUCGCAUAACAAACUUAGCGGAUCUAUACCUGAUCAGUUUGGAAGUUCCUCAAGCUUGGCUCUUCUAAACAUAUCUUUCAAUCAACUAUCUGGAUCCGUUCCUCGCUCGAAUAAUUUUAUAUUUACGGAUGCAAGUGCUUUUAUAGGAAAUCCAGAUUUAUGUGGAGCUCCUUUGAAGCCUUGCAAUGGAGCUUUAGCUGCAUUGAGCUUAUCAGCAAGAAGAAAGUCAGUGAAGCGAAGGAUUUCGCUUAUAUGUUUCGGUGUGGUUUUGCUCGUUGCCGCGUCAAUCUGUUUGUUGCUUUAUCUUGUUUGGCAUCAAAAAGUUCUGUGGAAAAUGAUUUCAUUUACUGGACUUCCUGAAUUUACAGCCAAAGAUAUUCUGAGGAGCAUCAAUAGUACUUAUGUAAAUGUAAAUGAUUUUUCAACCGCGACAGUUGAACCGCCAUUACUAUCAUCAUCGAGUUUAAAUAUCUGCAAGGUAGUUCUUCCAACUGGAAUUACAGUUUCAGUAAAAAAGAUCGGAUGGGAAUCGAGAAGAAGACGAGUCAUCUCGGAAUUUAUAAACUUGUUGGGGAAUGUCAGGCAUAAGAACUUGGUUAGAUUGUUAGGAUUUUGCUCUAACAAGAGUUGUGGCUAUCUUCUGUUCGAUUAUUACUUACCUAGCGAGAAUCUAUCCGCCAACAUUGUCAGAUUGUCGAAAGCAAGAGACACAGCAACCACAACAAGCACUACUAACAGUAGAUGGGCGGUGAAGUAUAAGAUUAUAAUGGGAAUAGCAAGGGGACUAUGCUAUCUUCACAAUGACUGCCAUCCACCAAUUCCACACGGAGAUCUGAAAGCAACCAACAUAUUGUUCGACGAGGGGAAUAUGGAGGAGCCUCAUUUAGCUGAUUUCGGGGUGAAAGCGAUUUUAAGGAUGUUGAACAAUGGGACGACUAACUCCGUAUCAAGCACAGUUGAUGAUUUAAUCGAGAGCGCUUCAAUUAAAGAAGAAAUGUACAGAGACAUAUGCAGCUUUGGAGAAAUAAUUCUGGAGAUUUUACGAAAUGGAAAGCCUAUAAAUGCAGGAGGAAGCAUUACGCCGAGCAAUCCAACUGCUGGAGAGAGCUUUUUAAGAGAAGUUCUGGAUGAAAAUGAUGAGGUAAAGGUAGGUACAAGUGAAGAGAGUGAGAUCAAACUAGUUCUUGAAGUCGCUUUGCUCUGCACAAGUAGUAAACCUUCAAAUAGGCCAACUAUGGAUGAAGCGUUAAAACUUCUUCUGUCAGGAGUUUAAUUGGCAGGAAACUAUCGACAUCCCUUUACUUAACAAGUUGUCUUGUCAAAAAAAAAAAAAGAGAAAAAAAGAUUGUUUGGUUGUAAAUCAUGUACUUAUGUUUUGUCCAGAAUUGAAAUGCAUGACAUGUUGAAUUA